CAUUCCCCGUCAGAUCCAUCAUCUGAGACGACAGCUUCCGACAGGACAUCCGCCUCAGGGGCGAACCUCCAGCCAGCCUACCGUGACCAGCAGCCCACGGACACAGAGCAGAAGCCAAAAAAGAAGAAGAAGAAGAAAGCCAAGGUGAUUGAGGAUGAGAAGGAAGGAGAGGGGGAGAAGAAGCAGAAAAAGAAGAAGAAAGGAGUUAUAGAGGAAGGUGACGAGGAGAGGAAGCCGGAGGUCGGGGACCGCUGCGGGGUGGAGGUUGACCCUCUGACACGCGCCCUGGAGGAUUCGCCGGCGGUGGAGAAGAAGAAGACCAAGAAGAAACCAAAGGAGAAGGAGCCCAAGGAGCCUAAAGAGCCCAAGCCGCCCAAGACUCCGAAAACGCCCAAGACCCCCAAAGAGCCCAAGGACAAGAAGGCCAAGAGCACCACCCCCAAGGCCAAGACGCCCAAGAAGCCCAGGUAGGUUACACCUGCAUUACAUAAAUUAAUGUAGGCUACAUCACUCUAGUAGAGGCUUAACUAUUAAUACCAGCACUACAUUAGCUAGGCUACAUCUAGGCCCAUACCUCUACAUAAGCUGCUCUCUAACUACUGUUAUUGAAUGCCUUGCUGAUUUGAGUCUGUGUGUUCAGGUCAGUAUUUAUGCUUUUAGUACUUAGUUGGAUAAACCUUGCUCUUCAGUCACGUGACCAGUCAGUGGGAAACGCAGGUCAUGACCCAGAGUUCGUGAACACCCAGGUGGACUGAGUGACGUCCAGGGUCUUGGCACAUGUAGGCAGGGACACUGGUUGGUUAUGUGAUCAUGCGGCUCAGUGAACUAGCUGUGCUGCUGGUGGAGUGGCCCUGGGUUUGUGAGUGUACACUGAAUUGUGAAGCAGCCAUCUAUUGAUGUUAACAGCAGCAGUAGUAGCACACCAAGUUGCUGCCAAACCAAGCUGUUGGUUGGCCUUUAGCAUUUAGUCAUGGCCUAUAUGAAACCACUGAAAAUCUCCAGUCAACUUAACCUGUAAGUAGAAGUUGAGUGAACCUGAAUGAUUAAUCUAGAACUUGAAAUGGAUGGAAACGCUCCAUGUUACAGGGUCUGUCCACCUCAACGCCAUAUCUCACAGACAGUGUUGGUCUCUCUCUCUCUCUCUCUCUCGUCUCCUGUCUCUUGCUUCUGUCUCGGUCUAUCACAUGGCUUCAGGAGCCCUUAGCAUGCUAAAGACCCUGCGUCUCGGUCUACCUCCUCUCUCUCUCUCUCCUCCCUUCUCUCCCCCUCGCUGAGUGGAAAUGCAAAGCAGGUGGGCAGAGCCAGUGAGCGAGCCAGUGAGCGAUCUGGCCUUUUCAUUGUGGAGGUAGUAACAUGAGCUGCCUGAGGAAUGUGUCAGCAGAGCCCCCACCCCCACCUCUCUCUCUGCUCUCUCUAUCCCGCUGCCCUCAUCCCCCUCCUCUCUUCCCCUACUCCGCAGUGCUGUCACUCCUCCUGCCGCUUGGCCCCUUUCAUCCAGAGGAAGAGGGAGGGGCCAGAGCCGCCAGUCAGCCACGCAUCUGCGGCCCAGCACCGGAGCAGGGGUCAGCAGAGGGGAGGUGUGUGUGUGUGUGAGAGGAAGCGAGAGGUGGGGGGAAGGAAAAAAAGAUUCAUGUGUGGCUGUGUGGUAGAGGGAAGUGAGUGUGUUUCUGUUUGUUUGCGCGCGCGUGUGUGUGUGUAUGCGCCUAGAGGGGGAGGAGGUAAUCUUGUGGCGUAAAAUGGCCGCUAAUGGUAAUCAAGGCCAUGCUGCCUCAUUUAGCCACCAGGCCUGACUCUAGCACUGGAAGGAAGCCCUGCAAAAAGGCUAGGUAAAUGAGCUCCAAUCGAUUGGGGCCAACUCCCUUCUCCACUAGUGUUGCAUGGUAUACAUCUGUACUCGAUACUAGAACAUGAAACACUGUUUGGUACUAGAAUUUCUGUUACCUUCGGUACUUCUUUCAAUUUUUUAUUUUUUAUUUUACCUUUAUUUAACUAGGCAAGUCAGUUAAGAGCAAAUUCUUAUUUACAAUGACGGCCUACACCGGCCAAACCCGGACGACGCUGGGUCAAUUGUGCGCCGCCCUAUGGGACUCCCAAUCACGGGCCGGUUGUGAUACAGCCUGGAAUCGAACCAGGGGGUCUGUAGUGACGCCUCAAGCACUGAGAUGCAGUGCCUUAGACCACUGCGCCACUCGGGAGCCCAAAUGUGUCUCGCAUCAUAGACUCGAUCCUCUCAAUCCAUAUGUCUAGUAAGUUGUCAAUCUUCUCAAUGGGGUAGUAGUAAGCUAGCCAGGCUACUUGCGCAUGCAGCCGACACAGCGCAAGCCACUUUUGAGAAGCAAGCGAGAGGAGAGCGCAAAUGCCGACAGCAUGGCUUCUUCUAACGAAAACAUCAUACCUCCGCCCACAGCUUGUUGACAAAACUGGCUCCAGAAGUGAACUAUGGGAAUACUUUGCUUACACCGCCGAUGAGGGCAAGCCCACCGAAACAACUAUGCAAAAGGUGUUACAAAGCAGUGCAGUGCAAAGGAGGUUUAGUUGCAAAAAAAAUUACAAACAAUUUUACACACAUUUGCAUUGUAACGUUAUUCUACUAGCAACUAAAUUCGAAUAAUUUGAGUGAAAAUGACAUGAACAUAUAUUCAGUAUGACUUUCAUGUGAGCAUUAUAAUAUGAUUACAUCCCAAAAGUAAUGUGAAAUGCACUCAUAACUUAGUCUAAAUAUAUUGCUGUCAUAGCUAAAGUUAGGCCUACUUCGUGUUUGUCUGGGCUUGCUACCAUUAGCCAGCCAGCAGCCCUGGGCGGAGCAUUGCACUCUGGGAGUUGAAAUGCACUCUGGGAAUCGUAGUGUGCCGUGUAAAAUCCAUUGUAUUUCUAUGGUGUCUAGACUAUUGCAAAAUAGAAGCUUCAGAAAUGAACUUAAGUGUUUGUGUUUUGGAACUAAACUGUUCAUUUAAUACAUUAAAUGAUUUAGCUGUAAUGAAUAACGAAUCUUAACUGUAAUGAAUGUAAAUUGACCCAAUAUUACGGCCAUAGAUGAGCAAAUUAACCCUGACAUGUAUCAAAUUACAUUUUAAAACAGUUUAGAUGUAAUUGUUCAAUUAUUCUCAUAUGGUUUGGUUUUGCAUAAGGAAAAUGUAAGAUUCUUCUUAUUUAAUAUGGCAUUUUUUGUUGUUGAAAGAAAUUGAAUAUAAAAUAGAAAUGUUAUAUUUGUUAUUUUAGUUAUACCAGUUAUCAACAUAUUGUUCAAUGUAAAAAAAAUAAAAAAAUAAAGCCCAGUGGUUAUUCUGUGACUAGCUAAUACACUUUGUUUCUUUUGCCGUGGUUUCGUUAUCGAGUAUCGUUUUGGUAUUGAGUAUCGUUUCAAAUAAAAUAAAAUGUUAUUUGUCACGUGCCGACUAUAACAGGUGUAGACCUUACCGUGAAAUGCUUACUUACAAUCCCUUAACCAACAAUGCAGUUUUAAGAAAAUUAAGUGUUAAGUAAAAAAUAAAUAGCAAAAUAAUUAAAGAGCAGCAGUAAAAUAACAAUAGCGAGACUAUAUACAGGGGGUACCGGUACAGAGUCAGUGUGCGGGGGCACAGGUUAGUUGAGGUAAUAUGUACAUGUGUUAUUCAUUAACGAGUAUUGUGAUACUAAACCUGGUAUCGGUAUCAAAGCCAAAUUCUGGUAUCGUGAGAGCACUAUUCUUCAUAACCUUCCUCCAUUUUGUGAUGGCUAGGCCAAUGGGUUAAUUUAGCAUGAUAAUGGUGGCAGCUCAUUCACUCAACCUCCAUCCUGUAAUGGUGGACUUAACAUUCUCCCAAUCUUCAGGCAGAAGUUUUCUACUCCAAGUCCAGAUUGGAGAUCAGACGUCCUCCAACCCAACCCUGGCCUCAACCAUGAGGUGGGAAAAAUGGAACUGAUCCUAGAACUUGGUCUUGGCCAAUGGCCAUGUCAUCUGCUCCCUGAGUACACAGAGAGGGAACCUCCGUGUCUGAAUUUCUCAGUGGUCUAAAGUGGCUUUCUCCGCCCGUCACCUUUCCUUACACUUUGGGUUUUAGAAAAACACCCUAAAAAUCCUAUAUGAAUUGAUACACUGGUCAGGUCAAAGUACCUUCCAUGAUGGCAUAGGUGAAAGCAAUAUGGUGGAAGCCAUAUCUGAAUAAGUCGUGAGUACAGCUGAAAUGGAGCAGACCUCUCCUUUGCACUGUGUAGAGAUACUCUGUUUGGCUCAACUCCAUGUGCUCAUAAUUUUAUCUGUCCCCUGCUUGCCUAGCCAGCGUCACUGACAUGGAUGGAGUGGGAGGCUUCAGGAGAGAGAGAGCCAGUGGCUAGCAGGUAGAAGGCUGUCUUUUGACCUUGUGGUUGUGUGCUCGGUCAUCCUGGGAGAAGGCUGAGCUAUUAAUAGCUACACCCUCUCCUGCAUCGUUGCUCCUCUCGCUGCCACACCCGUGUGUGUGCGGUGUGGUGUGUGUGUGUAUGCUGGCAGAUUUGUUUGCUGUACACACAGCCGUCAGGAAGAGGGAAGCACACAUGCAGCACCUCACAUUGAGUGUGUUUGUGGCUCUCCCUUAAUGCAAACACAGACUGUUAACCCUUGAAACGUGUGAUACCACAACGUCUCCUUCAUACUGAAUUGACAGAAGGGCCUUCCUCAAUCUACACACACCAGACCAUUUAUCUUCAUCUGUUGCCUACUCACAUUGAGGCACCUACCCUCCCGAGCCAGUCACGUGACUGAGAAAACUUCCCUUAUUAAUGUCUCCAUAGAGUUAUUGCAGGCGCUCUGCUGAAGCUGUGUGUAUACUCCUGUGUGCAUUCAUUGGCCUUUGCAAGUAUGCUAAAGCUGUGUGGUGUGUGUGUGUGUGGUGUGUGUGUGUGUGCGCCCGGGGAGAAAGUGUCAGGGGGUCCAGCUGUGUAUGACUCAUCUCACCAGCGGACAGCAGGUGUCCUAUAACUCUCCCUCCUCCGACCUUCUCCUCCCUCUAUUCCCUCUCCUCCUCCCGUCUCCUUGCUGUCAGCAUGGACCAUCACACACACACACACUGAGCAAAGUCACACACACACACCACUGCUGGAGGACCACAUGCCUAAAUGCCAUUCAGUACACCCCAGAGACCAGAUUCCAGAUUCAUUUCAGCAGUGCAGUUGAACAAAUCCUGCUUGUUAAUGCGGUUACAGCACCAUCAUGGCCGAAUGGUAUUUUGGUACUACACACUAGUGCCACACCAUCUUAUGAAACGUCAUGCCCUUGUGCUGUAUCUAUAACAGCGUUGGUUAGCGGCAUUAGCCCUCUGUGUUGCUGUCUCCACUACCUCCCUCCCUCCCCUGGGUGCAUACACACACAGCCCCAUAGUCUUGCCUUGAACCCUGCCCACAAUACCUUGUGACUGGAUAAUGAGAUGGAGGAGUAGAAGAGACUGAUGGGGGAGGAGAUGGGGAGAGUGAAGGAGGAGAUGGGGAGAGUGAAGGAGGAGAUGGGGAGAGUGAAGGAGGAGAUGGGGAGAGUGAAGGAGGAGAUGGGGAGAGUGAAGGAGGAGAUGGGGAGAGUGAAGGAGGAGAUGGGGAGAGUGAAGGAGGAGAUGAUUGGGGAGAGUGAAGGAUUGGAGACUUGAUAGAGGAGUAUAAAAACAGGCAGGAGAAGAGAGAUUGAGAGGCUGACCAAAGAGAUGGAGAAGGAAAGAGGGGAGGAAGAAGGGGGAAAUUGAGAUUAAGCUGAGAGAGAAUGAGAGAAGGGAUGAUGAAACUGAUCAAUAAGAUAGAACGGUAUAAUGAGAGAGGAAGAGAGCGAUUAAGUCUCUGAGGGAGAAUGAUGGACAUUGGAGCAGCUGACCAAGAAGAAUGAGGAGAGGAGAAUGGAUGGAGACAAAAAGAGCAGGUCUGUGGUUGAUUGGGAGGGGGAAAGAGAUGGGGAAGCUUAUGGGCAAUUCAACAGUUACAGAAGUAUGAGAAUCAGGUUUUUCACUUUAAAAUGUAGUUUAACCAACCAUACAACUCUAUGCACAAGGACUACUUUAACAAUUUACACAGUGCAGAGCAAAAGAUUGGGUGAAGGGGAAUAAAGAUUGGUGAAGUGCACACUGUUCAAAUGUCAAGUAAUGUUGUAUUUAAAUGUCAUUUAAAACAUGUGUAAAUUUGUAAAUGGAGUCUUUGACAUUGUAUAAACUGAUGCUUUGUACAAGAAGAUUUGUAUUAACUUUGAAGUAAUGGAUUUGUUUGGCCAACUUUUACAGGAUAAAAGGUUGAAUAGUCCUGACUGUAAAUAGCCUAUGUAACAAGAGGAAAUGAGUCAAGGAGGGAACAAAGAAAAAGUGAGUCUAGGAAUUGGAGUGAGUGAGAGGCCAUAGAGGAGGAGAGAGGAGAGGUAGAGGAGGAGGGGCCAAGAAGAGAGAGGAGGAGGAGAGGCCAUAGAGGAGGAGGAGAGGAGAGGCCAUAGAGGAGGAGGAGAGAGGCCAUAGAGGAGGAGGAGGAGGAGAGGCCAUAGAGGAGGAGGAGGAGGAGGAGGCCAUAGAGGAGGAGGAGGAGGAGAGGCCUAGAGGAGGAGGAGGAGGAGAGGGCCAUAGAGAGGAGGAAGGAGGAGGAGAGGCCAUAGAGGAGGAGGAGGAGGAGAGGACAUAGAGGAGAGGAGGAGGAGAGGCAUAAGGAGGAAGAGAGAGGAGAGCCCAUAAGAGAGGAGGAGAGGAGGAGAGGCCAAUACAGGAGGAGGGAGAGAGAGGCCAUAAGCCAUAGGAGGAGGGCCAUAGAGGAGGAGUAAGCCAUAGAGAGAGAGGAAGGAGAUGGCCAUAGAGGAGGAGAGAGAUAGAGAGGCCUAGAGAGAUGGAGGAGGAGGAGAGGCCAUGAGAGGAGAGGAGGAGGAGAGGCCAUAGAGAAAGAGGAGGAGGAGGAGAGGCCAUAGAGAUAGAGGAGGAGGAGGAGAGGCCAUAGAGGAGGAGGAGAGGCCAUAGAGAAAGAGGAGGAGGAGGAGGAGAGGCCAUAGAGAAAGAGGAGGAGGAGGAGAGGGGGAAAAAGAGGGACAGAGAAAGCAAGGAGAAGCCAUAGAGGAGAAAGAGAGGAGCCAUAGAGGAGAGACGCGAUAGCGGGAGAGAAGAAAAGGAGAAGAGCGAGGGAGUCUGACUGAGUAGAGCAGAUGGCUCCAGCCGGUGGCGUCCAGCCAGAGGAACAGGUGCGGGUCAUGUGAUCGCCGGUUACCAGGGCGAUGUGAUUGCUCUUGGCGUGCAAAUGAAAGGAGAGGGGGGCCCUAGAGUAGAGAGAGAAGGCGAGAGGGGGGUAGACUGCCCACCCCCUGGGCUUUGUGUAAUCUGUGGCAGCCGCGGAGCUCUGGGUGGGUGUGGGUGUGUGGGUACAUACACACACAGUGGAAAGAGAGGAGACAACACUCCUUCCCUCUCUUCCCUUUCAUGUUUUAACCCUCCGUCCUCAAGGAAAGGACCUCAAACUGUUAAGUCAAAACAUGGUCUCUCCAAGAUGGUUACUUACUAGAAAUCCCAGAUGACAUCCAUCUUCUUGUGUAUCGAACAUCAACUUUGAAACCACAGGUUAAUCUGCUGAAUUCUCCUGUUGUGUACGGGUGAUUGUUGAUUGUUCCAACAGUCAUGAAAAUGGUCUCCACUGGUGUCUACAGAAGGUUCUCAUGCUAUGGAAAAAGCCUUUAUAUUGGGAGCAGAUUAUGAUAAGAGGUUGUCCCUCAUGGUGUGAAGGUAAUUAUACUUUAGGCAUUGUUGACUUUAGAAUAUCAGACACACAGACAACCAAAAGCUGACUGCAAUAUCUGUUUAUGUGCAAUACAAGAUGGUGAUGAUAGGAGAUGGUGUUCAGACUCACUCAUCCUUCUCUUCUCUCACCCCCGCCCCUCUUUAUUAUCCGUCUUCUCUAAUAAUCAUCUCUUUAUUUAAUAUUUCUCCUUCCCCUCUAUCGCUCUUUCAUCCCUCCUUCCCCUCCUCUCUAUCGCUCUCUUUCAUCCUUCUCCUCAUCCCUCUUUCUUCAUCCCUCCUUCCUCUCUUUCCUCCCCCAGCAGCAGCACUAAGAAGGUGGAGGCAGCAGAGGACAGUGGCAGCAGUGUGAACAAGGAGACCAAGAGGAAGAGGGAGCCCUCGGUCAACUCCGAUGUGGAGAAGUCACCCACACCACCCUCCGAUGAGGAGGACGACGACGGUGUCCAGGUACACACACACACACACACACACACAGUAACAUUAGUGGCACACACACAAUAAAGUCAGUUCAUACAGAGUAACAUCAGUGGUAUAGUACAUAGACAAACACACUCUUUCCAACAAUGUAAACCCUCUCAGAAGCCACCCAAUAAGCCCCCAUGUUAAUUUAUUGACUUAAAUCUGGUCUUAAUAUGGAUUUAAUAAUACAGCCAUACGGAUGAUGGCUGAACUAAAGAGCCAGGUUAAGUCUUAAGUAUGCAUCCCAAAUGGCACCCUAUUUCCUAGAUGGGCGUUCAGCCACGGGCCUGGUGUUAAGUAAUGGACUUUUCAUCCGGUCCCGGUAUUUUCCAGGAGUGAAUUCAAUAAAAAUAUCUUAAUGCUAGAUUCACUCACUCACUCAAACAAACACACACUCCCCCGCUCUGAGCCAGGCAUAUGGGAGCUGUUAGCAGCAAAUUACUUCACCAACCCAAACAUCCAGGUGACCCAGCCAUCUGACACUGAGGCAUUGUCCAAUUUCCACCACUCUUAAACAGUAGGCACGGCCUGACAGAUGUAAUACCAUAAUUGCAGCUGACACUAUUUAGACCUUUAGGAGAGAGGCAGACGACUGCCUGCCCUGCGCUAGAGCAUGGAUGUGUGGCUGGGUCCCUAGGUUCGACUGGGCUGUGGAUUGUGGAAGUUGGAGAUUAGUUUUUUCCUGAUUGAUCAUAUCCGCAUUAGUGUGUUUACAUUUGUAUCUUACCAGGUUUCCACCCUGGUUUUAUUUGCCAAUCACAUUUCUAUUCUAAGUCAUGCUUAGGAUGAACUUUUCUGUUAUGGUUAUUCUGUUUUGUGGAUUGUUGCCCUAGCAUGGUACUGUGAAGUACAAAUGUUCACUUCUCACCUUCCACUAUCCCUUAUCCUUCUCUCUUCCCCUUCUCUCUCUCUUCCCCUUCUCUCUCUCUUCCCCUUCUCUCUCUCUUCCCCUUCUCUCUCUCUCUCGCUCUCUCUCUCUCUCUCGCUCUCUCGCUCUCUCGCUCUCUCGCUCUCUCGCUCUCUCGCUCUCUCGCUCUCUCGCUCUCUCGCUCUCUCGCUCUCUCUCUAGAAGCGUCGCUCCAGUCGUCAGGUGAAGAGGAAGCGCUACACAGAGGAACUGGAGUUCAGGAUCUCGGAUGAGGACAAUGAUGGAGACGACUCCCCCGCUCCCAAGUCCCCCUCCAACAACUCUGAACAGCAGGUCAGCACCCACAGAGAGAGAGAGAGCCCUGGUGUGUGCGUGCCAGAGAGAAAGAGCUUGUCCGUGUCAGACUGAGAGCGAAAGUGUCUGAUUUUUUUGGGGGGUGUGGGACUAGAUUUGUGCUCCCUGCUCUUCAUUACUUAUGACUGCUAAUGUUGUUCCAUCUGUGUGACUGUAGGAGGUGGUGGAGACAGAGGGGCCUGUGGUGGAGAAGAUCAUGGCCAUGCGCUUGGGGAAGAAAGAGGUGAGGCGCGUACACACACACACUGACAGCUGCGUCGCUGGAGAGAAAAUGGGUACCAGCACCCCUGCCCUGGCGUCAUCUUAUUAACCGCUGCUCAACCAGCUCUAAACUGAUUCUACACACACACAUCCUUCCUCCUAGACAGCCGCUUCUUAGACCAGUCUAGCAAUGGUCUGGAAAGAAGCCGGUGAGACAGAGUUGCGCGGACUUGGGUCUCGUGACUUUUGGGCUGGAGUAGGAUUGGAUUAGACCAGACCUUCGCAGCAGGGGAGUUGACAUGAGACUUGAGUCUGUUUUACUUAAAAGUCCAGAUACUUCAUUGUGAAAGGAAUGAGAACAGUCUAGCGCUUUGUGUUCCCCCAAGACCGGCUGCUUUUGUAUGGUACAUUACACUCCAGACUGUGUGUGUGUGUGUGUGAGAGAGUUGUGUGUGUCUGUCUGUCUUCAGGGUAUGUGUUUCUUCAUUCCCUUUCAAAAGCUGCUCCAAAACAAAGCUCGGUUCACCUCUGCCAAAAACAAUACGAACACUCGUGCAGGCUGGCUGGCGGCUGGGACUCGAACUAAGGCAGCUGCGAAUGGGUUACCCCCCCCACCUCACACGCACGCACACACUCUGCCCGAGGAAAUGCUAGUUUGGCGUCUGUCGUAGCGCUGUGGUUUUGGCAGGAAGCCAGGCCUCGGGUCAGCUCUCUGUGAAUGGAACCGUGUGUGCGCGCACGUGAGUGUAGUGCGGCUGUGUGUGCGUAGAAGUGAUUCAUGAGUCAUCCCCAGCAGUGCAGAGUGGAGAUGGUUGGUCUUUAAUGGGGGGUGGGGGGCUAUUGUCAGUUUGUCAGAGAACUCUGUACCAAGAGAUAUUUGUUAGACGUUAUGGUGGCCUGGAUUUUUUAUUUAUUUUUUAUUUUUUAUUUGCUCACGCUCAAGGACAAACUUUGCAUCUUAUCCCAAAACUCACACUCCUAUCUCCCAACUGUAAUCCACAACAACUGACACAAAUAUUUACGUCUUUGUUUUUUCACAGAUGGAAUCGGGGGAGGAAAUGGAAGUGGAAGAAUUCUAUGUGAAGUUCAAGAGCUUGUGAGUAACCAAUGUACCGACACACUACAAUACAGUGGCCAUAGUUCACCAUGUCAUUUGAUUACCUCAAGUUUUCAGGGAGAAAUGGUGGAUAAAUGGCGUUGUAAUACAACGUGAAAUCUAAUACACGCUCUGUAAACCACAGGACUACUGUUUGUAUUAAGAUCAUUAUAUAAUGCUAUAAUUCUCUAGAUUAGCGCAUCAAUCAAUCAAUCAAUCAAUUUUAUUUUAUAUAGCCCUUCUUACAUCAGCUAAUAUCUCGAAGUGCUGUACAGAAACCCAGCCUAAAACCCCAAACAGCUAGUAAUGCAGGUGUAGAAGCACGGUGGCUAGGAAAAACUCCCUAGAAAGGCAAAACCUAGGAAGAAACCUAGAGAGGAACCAGGCUAUGAGGGGUGGCCAGUCCUCUUCUGGCUGUGCCGGGUGGAGAUUAUAACAGAACCAUGCCAAGAUGUUCAAAAAUGUUCAUAAGUGACAAGCAUGGUCAAAUAAUAAUCAGGAAUAAAUCUCAGUUGGCUUUUCAUAGCCGAUCAUUAGAGUUUAAAACAGCAGGUCUGGGACAGGUAGGGGUUCCAUAACCGCAGGCAGAACAGUUUAAACUGGAAUAGCAGCAAGGCCAGGCGGACUGGGGACAGCAAGGAGUCACCACGGCCGGUAGUCCCGACGUAUGGUCCUAGGGCUCAGGUCUCUCAGUUGGCUUUUCAUAGCCGAUCAUUUAGAGUUGAAAACAGCAGGUCUGGGACAGGUAGGGGUUUCGUAGCCGCAGGCAGAACAGUUGAAACUGGAAUAGCAGCAAGGCCAGGCGGACUGGGGACAGCAAGGUGUCAUCAUGCCCGGUAGUCCUGACGUAUGGUCCUAGGGCUCAGGUUCUCAGAGAGAAAGAGAGAACGAGAGAAUUAGAGAGAGCAUACUUAAAUUCACACAGGACACUGGAUAAGACAGGAGAAGUACUCCAGGUAUAACCAACUAACCCCAGCCACAUAAACUACUGCAGCAUAAAUACUGGAGGCUGAGACAGGAGCGGUCCGGAGACACUGUGGCCCCAUCCGAAGAAACCCCCGGACAGGGCCAAACAGGAAGGAUAUAACCCCACCCACUCCGCCAAAGCACAGCCCCCGCACCACUAGAGGGAUAUCCCCAACCACCAACUUACAAUCCUGAGACAAGGCCGAGUAUAGCCCACAGAGGUCUCCACCACAGCACAAACCAAGGGGGGGGCGCCAACCCAGACAGGAAGAUCACGUCAGUAACUCAACCCACUCAAGUGACGCACCCCUCCCAGGGACGGCAUGAAAGAGCACCAGCAAGCCAGUGACUCAGCCCCUGCAACAGGGUUAGAGGCAGAGAACCCCAGUGGAGAGGGGAACCGGCCUGGCAGAGACAGCAAGGGCUGUUCGUUGCUCCAGCCUUUCCGUUCACCUUCACACUCCUGGGCCAGACUACACUCAAUCAUAUGACCUACUGAAGAGAUAAGUCUUCAGUAAAGACUUAAAGGUUGAGACCGAGUCUGCGUCUCUCACAUGGGUAGGCAGACUGUUCCAUAAAAAUGGAGAUCUAUAGGAGAAAGCCCUGCCUCCCGCUGUUUGCUUAGAAAUUCUAGGGACAAUUAGGAGGCCUGCGUCUUGUGACCGUAGCGUACGUAUUGGUAUGUACGGCAGGACCAACUCGGAAAGAUAGGUAGGAGCAAGCCCAUGUAACGCUUUAUAGGUUAACAGUAAAACCUUGAAAUCAGCCCUUGCCUUAACAGGAAGCCAGUGUAGGGAAGCUAGCACUGGAGUAAUAUGAUCAAAUUUCUUGGUUCUAGUCAGGAUUCUAGCAGCCGUAUUUAGCACUAACUGAAGUUUAUUUAGUGCUUUAUCCGGGUAGCCGCAUGUUUGGUAGUGUGUGUUAUUGGUAUAUGGUGUGUACGUCAUGACGUGUCUGUUAUGGUGUUUGUCAUGGUUUGUUAUGGUGUGAAUUAAAUGUGUGUGUAACGCGUUGUGUUCCCCUCUCUCUCUGUGUAGCUCCUACCUGCACUGUCGCUGGGCAGAUCUGGAGGAGCUGGAGAAGGACAAAAGGAUCCACCAGAAAGUCAAACGGUUCAGGGCCAAACAGGCCCUCGCCACGUUUGUGACGGAGGUCAGUCCCGCACCUUUAUCUUCCCCAGUGUUUGGCUGCCAUUUUGUGUCAGUUUUGACACACAUUGUAGAAUAUGUUUCUUUCCCUUCCUCUAAUAGAUUAAUUUGUGUAUUAAAAAUAAUGACUAAAGGAUUUCACCCCAAAUACAGUAGAUAUGUGUAUACGAUAUUCGAAUUAUCAUGUAGUGUCAACCCACUAACAGAGGGGGUACUAAACAUUCAAGGGUAAAGGAGGAGGCGGGAACUGUUUAAGAAAGCCACCUAAAGGUGGGAGGAGCAUAGUGCCUUUGUUUGUCAAGAAGUAUAAAAACAGAAUGUAUGUGUUUUUAGCGGGAGAGCUCUCUCCAUGAAUAAAAAUACAGAUAAGACUUGUGAGUUGUGGACCUUGAAUCAUUGAUGAUUAAAACCAGAGCCUUACAACCUCUGGUAAUGAUUCAAGCUUAGGUUGAAUUAGAGAUAGAAAUUCACUUGACAUCCUCCCACUUUCUACUUCAGAGGAUUCAAUAACAUAACGUUAUAUUUGGUUGGGUGAAUCUUACGGACUCUCUCUACCCUUCACUCUUCCUGCUAUUUGCAUCUGCCAUUAGAAUGGUCAGAAGCUAACCUCUUUCUUUCCCUCCCUCCCUCCUGCAGAUGGAUGACGAGCCUUUCAACCCGGACUAUGUUGAGGUGGACCGGGUCCUGGACGUGUCAGAGAGCACGGAUGAGAACGGAGUGGUUUGUUCCUUCUCUCUGUUUCUUUUCUACCUGUUCUAUAUGGCCUUUAAAUGGCCUCCAAAGAUGGAAUAGGUUUGGUUAUGUCCUUGACUUAUCCUUCUUUUGACGUUCAUUGGCUGAACAUUCCUUUUAAGUUCAGACCAAACGUUGGUUGCCCUUUCCUUUCAUCUUGGAGUCACAGAAAGACACUAACCCCCUCUCUGCCUCCCCUCUUUCCCCAGCCUGUGAACCUGUACCUGGUGAAGUGGUGCUCCCUGCCCUAUGAGGACAGCACGUGGGAGCUGAAGGCCGACAUCGACCAGGCCAAGAUCGAGGAGUACGAGGCCGUGGUGGCCCGCGAGCCCAAGACCAAGCGGGUUGUGAGUAUAAAAACCUCCACUCACUCACACUCUACAGACUCUCCUGCUGCCUUUUUCUUAGAUUUUAUGGCCCCCGCCCUUUAACUCGGAGCCAGCAAGGCCACGCUCCUGCAGUCGCACGGAAACCACUAACGGCAGGCUUUUAUUUGAAACAGGAGCGACCUCCCACCGACGACUGGCAGAAAUCCGAGAGUUCCAGGGAUUAUAAAAACGACAACGCACUCAGGGAAUACCAGCUGGAGGGAGUGAACUGGCUGCUCUUCAACUGGUACAAUACGUAAGGAGAAGUACUAUAACUUACUCUCUCUCUCUGUGUGUGUGUGUGUGUGUGUGUGUGUGUGUGUGUGUGCUAAGCUGUAUGAUGUGUCUGUGUGACCCACUAUCAUACAACAUGUUUAUUAUUUAACGGUUAUAUAGUAUAAUAUACAUGAUAUCGAACAACUACUCCAAAAUGUGAUAAAAACCCACAAAUACUCAAUAACAUACUUUUAUAUAUAUAUAUAGUGGAUUCGGCUAUUUCAGCGGGAUCGCCUAGUGCUGAAGCGCGUAGCGCGUAAAAAUCGUCUGUCCUUGGUUACAACACUCACUACCUAGUUCCAAACUGCCUCUGGAAGCAACGUCAGCACAAUAACUGUUCGUCUGGAGCUUCAUGAAAUGGGUUUCCAUGGCUGAGAAGCCGCACACAAGCCUAAGAUCACCAUGCACAAUGCCAAGCGUCAGCUGGAGUGGUGUAAAGCUCGCCGCCAUUGGACUCUGGAGCAGUGGACACACGUUCUCUGGAAUGACAAAUCACGCUUCACCAUCUGGUAGUCUGAUGGAUGAAUCUGGGUUUGGCAGAUGCCAGGAGAAUGCUACCUGCCCCAAUGCAUAGUGCCAACUGUAAAGUUUAGUGGAUGAGGAAUAAUGGUCUGGGGCGGUUUUUUAUAGUUCGGACUAGGCCCCUUAGUUCCAGUGAAGGGAAAUCUUAACACUACAGCAUACAAUGACAUUCUAGGCGAUUCUGUGCUUCCAACUUUGUGGCAACAGUUGGGGGAAGGCCCUUUCCUAUUUCAGCAUGACAAUGCUCCCGUGCACAAAGCGAGGUCCAUACAGAAAUGGUUUGUAGAGAUCGGUGUGGAAGAACUUGCCUGGCCUGCACAGAGCCCUGACCUCAACCCCAUUGAACACCUUUGGGAUGAAUUAGAACACUGCCUGCGAGCCAGGCCUAAUCGCCCAACAUCAUUGCCCGACCUCACUAAUGCUCUUGUGGCUGAAUGUAAGCAAGUCCCUGCAGCAAUGUUCCAACAUCUAGUGGAAAGCCUUCCCAGAAGAGUGGAGGCUGUUGUAGCAGCAAAUGGCCAUGAUUUUGGAAUGACAUAUUCGACAAGCAGGUGUCCACAUACUUUUGGUCAUGUAGUGUAUAUGCUAUGUUUAUCCAACACAUUCGCAUGGAUAAUACUUAAACAUGUCACCCAACAUGCGUGAAUACAAUCAACACAUCCAUUCCCCAAAGGGUGUCCUCCAACCCAUGUGUUAUAGGGACGUGUGUACCCAUGCUGUGCUUUUCUCACACUAAUCAUUAAUGUGCGAUCUACCGCUGCUGCACACGACACACUACUGCACGCACACACACCCCGUCCGUCCGUCCGUCCAUCCCCCCAUCACCAAUGUAACCUGCCUACCCCAAUAUAUCAGUAUAACACUAUAGAAAAGCUUCCACACACACACACUACUUCUUAAUUUGAAUGUCAUCGAUCUGCCCUAACUGGGUUAGCUUAACUGUUCAUUAGAUUACUCACUCACUAAUGGAGUGAACAGAGACUUAAGGACACACUUAGGACUCUGGCCAAAGGUAGGGCACUAGAUAGUCAAUAGGGUGUCAUUUGAGACCGACACUAUCCCGGUUACAUCUCUUUCAUUGCAUUGUUUUCUCUCCUCCUUUGUUUCCUCCUAACUGCACAUUUAGAUGGCUCACUACUGCUAAAACAGCGACUUACUCCCUUUCAUCAUGUUCAUAUCUGUUUCUCCCCCUCCCCUCCAGACGGAACUGCAUCCUAGCAGAUGAAAUGGGCCUGGGCAAGACCAUCCAGUCCAUCACAUUCCUCUAUGAGAUCUACCUGAAGGGGAUCCACGGGCCCUUCCUGGUCAUCGCCCCCCUCUCCACCAUUCCAAACUGGGAGAGGGAGUUCCGCACCUGGACUGAACUCAACGUCAUCGUCUACCACGGCAGCCAGGCCAGCCGCAAGACCAUCCAGGCCUACGAAAUGAACUACCGCGACGCGCAGGUACGUCUUGACUGUAACGUGACAGUACUGUAACCAUGACCUAACCAUAGCACAACUAUAACUGUGGUCCUCUGUAGCUCAACUGGUAGAGCCCGGCGCUUGUAACGCCAAGGUAGUGGGUUCGAUCCCCGGGACCACCCAUACACAAAAAUGUAUGCACGCAUGACUGUAAGUCGCUUUGGAUAAAAGCGUCUGCUAAAUGGCAUAUUAUAUUAUUAUUAUAUUAUAACAAGACAGCCCAGGCCUACGAGGUGAACUCCUGCGGCUCACAGGUAUGACGUGACCAUACUUAACUUAACAUGACCGUUAAGGCCAGACGCACAGGUAACAUGACCUUAAUGUAAUGAUAAUCCCAACCACACCAUGACCUAACUCUAUCAUAACUUUAGCAUUACAUAACAAACCAUGACCUCACAAGAUGUUUAGGCUUAAAUUACACUAUAGAACGGUACAGUAGGUUCUUAACCCUAAUCUAAGAAUAAUCCCAAAAUAAGCACUUUAGAGAGAUGGUCAGGUACUUAACCUCAUUAACCAGAGCUCCACACUGACCGUACCAGACCAAAUAAAGACUACAGUGACUGAAAUGUGACCAUAACCUACCCCACUAACCAUUUAAAUGUGUUAACCCAGCGGUUCCCAAUCUUUUCUGUUCCGGUGACCACCAACUCACCGUCCAAAGUUCUUAAAGUCCACUAUUCGCAGUUCCGGAAUGUUUAUCAAAAUAUCUUGGUGGUCAAAUUUAGAGUCAAUUUGAUCAGUAAAUGUAACAGAUUAAAGGCCUAUUAUUACAAUUAGCAUUGUGAAAAGUAAUGUAAAAUUCAUUAUAAUACCAUUAAUGCUCCCAACUGUUGUUAUCUUUGGCAAAAAUGACAAUAACAUUCUAAAGAGAAAUUGCGCAACACCUGCAGUACCGCAAAAGACCACCAGUACCUCAGCGACCAUGUAAGCCUAUAACCAGGGUCCAGAGUUUUCCAGAUUGAGUCACUUGGGCAGGAAAAUCUACUGUUCACCAUGACACUCAAUCUUAUCUGUGUGCUUACCUUUCUCUCUCUCUUCUCCUCCCUCCAUCCUCAGGGUCGUGUGAUAAAGGGAGCGUACAAAUUCCAUGCCGUCAUCACCACGUUUGAGAUGAUCCUGACAGACUGCCCGGAGCUGCGCAGCGUCCCGUGGCGCUGUGUGGUCAUCGACGAGGCUCACCGCCUCAAGAACAGGAACUGUAAACUGCUGGAGGGACUCAAGAUGAUGGACAUGGUGAGUUGAAACUGAAAAAAUGUCUAGUUGAGAUAUAUGGUUUAUUUGACAAUUCAUUAUUAAUUUUUUUGCAGUGCAACCACAUGUGGAUACAAUGCAUUUAAAAAUGUAUUCCCUAUCUCCUGUGGAGGGCUGUGGUCUUUUGAAAGACUACUUGCCAUUGGACCUGUUGGACAAUAAGCAACCAUUAUUGAUGAAAUGCUAAUAUUUCAUGGACAUUAAUGGGACAAUAUGUUUCCGCCUUCCUCCUCCCCUAUCACAGGAGUAAUAAAAAAAAAAGUAUAUAAACACCUACUGGAAGGAACUAAGUAUAGUAAUAACUAAAUACUUCUUCCUCUCUCCCCCUGUGAAGGAGCACAAGGUUCUGCUGACAGGAACACCCCUGCAGAACACUGUGGAGGAGCUCUUCAGUCUGCUCAACUUCCUGGAGCCUGAACGCUUCCCCUCAGAGAACACCUUCAUGCAGGAGUUUGGAGACCUCAAGACUGAGGAGCAGGUCCAGAAGCUGCAGGCCAUCCUGAAGCCCAUGAUGCUGCGACGUCUCAAGGAGGACGUGGAGAAGAACCUGGCCCCCAAGGAGGAGACCAUCAUCGAGGUGUGUGUCCCUCAUGGUCAAAUAGUGAGGUUUCCCUGUACUUGUUUGUAACUAUGUUAACGUCAAUUCUUGCAACGUACAAGCCAUCUUACCUUCUCUGUUGGAUUACUACUGCCGUAUUAUGAGGACUCUUGCUGACUGAUGUCGUUCCUAUCGCCUGUUCUCAGGUGGAGCUGACCAACAUCCAGAAGAAGUACUACCGGGCCAUCCUGGAGAAGAACUUCUCAUUUCUGUCUAAAGGAGGACCAGGAGGAGGAGGUGGCGCAUGGGGAGGUGGAGGGGCUCAGGUCCCCAACCUUCUCAACACCAUGAUGGAGUUGAGGAAGUGCUGCAACCACCCCUACCUCAUCAACGGUACUGAACAAACACACUAACGCAGAUCACACUCAUUCUAAAAUCGUUCGGUUUAUUUUGGACCCUCUGGAUGUUGAUUUGGUGUCCUGUGCCCCGCCUAAGGAAAAAAAUGACAACCACUGUUGGUACUUGGCUUGGGUUUGUUUGUUUGAACUGACUGGGUUUAGUUUUGCUGCUUUGAAUGAUUCUCAUGCUCCUCUUGUGUUCUAGGUGCAGAGGAGAAGAUCCUGGAGGACUUCCGUGAGAACCACCAUGCCGAGAUGGCCCAGUUCCACCUGCAGGCCAUGAUCCAGGCGGCGGGCAAGCUGGUGCUUAUCGACAAGCUGCUGCCCAAGCUGAAGGCUGGUGGACACAGGGUCCUCGUCUUCUCCCAGAUGGUGCGCUGCCUGGACAUCCUGGAGGACUACCUCAUCCAGAAACGGUGCGGAUCUAACCUCUAUUCUCUUCAAUCCCCUAACCCAGGGGUCUGAAACUGGUGGCCCGUGUGCCAGAUGCAGCCCGUAAGCCGAUUUUAAUGUGGGCCGCAGUUGUUUUAGUAAAUUUGUUUGAGACCAGUGCCCUACCUCCUCUCCAUAGAUUAUUUCCCAUCUUCUGCUUUGAAUUGUUGAUGCAUUUGAACUACACUGCUCAAAAAAAUUAAGGGAACACUUAAACAACACAUCCUAGAUCUGAAUGAAUGAAAUAAUCUCAUUAAAUACUUUUUUCUGUACAUAGUUGAAUGUGCUGACAACAAAAUCACACAAAAAUUAUCAAUGGAAAUCAAAUUUAUCAACCCAUGGAGGUCUGGAUUUGGAGUCACCCUCAAAAUUAAAGUGGAAAACCACACUACAGGCUGAUCCAACUUUGAUGUAAUGUCUUUAAAACAAGUCAAAAUGAGGCUCAGUAGUGUGUGUGGCCUCCAUGUGCCUGUAUGACCUCCCUACAACGCCUGGGCAUGCUCCUGAUGAGGUGGCGGAUAGUCUCCUGAGGGAUCUCCUCCCAGACCUGGACUAAAGCAUCCGCCAACUCCUGGACAGUCUGUGGUGCAACGUGGCGUUGGUGGAUGGAGCGAGACAUGAUGUCCCAGAUGUGCUCAAUUGGAUUCAGGUCUGGGGAAUGGGUGGGCCAGUCCAUAGCAUCAAUGCCUUCCUCUUGCAGGAACUGCUGACACACUCCAGCCACAUGAGGUCUAGCAUUGUCUUGCAUUAGGAGGAAGCCAUGGCCAACCGCACCAGCAUAUGGUCUCACAAGGGGUCUGAGGAUCUCAUCUCGGUACCUAAUGGCAGUCAGGCUACCUCUGGCGAGCACAUGGAGGGCUGUGCGGCCCCCCAAAGAAAUGCCACCCCACACCAUGACUGACCCACCGCCAAACCGGUCAUGCUGGAGGAUGUUGCAGGCAGCAGAACGUUCUCCACGGCGUCUCCAGACUCUGUCACGUCUGUCACAUGUGCUCAGUGUGAACCUGCUUUCAUCUGUGAAGAGCACAGGGCGCCAGUGGCGAAUUUGCCAAUCUUGGUGUUCUCUGGCAAAUGCCAAACGUCCUGCACGGUGUUGGGCUGUAAGCACAACCCCCACCUGUGGACGUCGGCCCUCAACACCCUCAUGGAGUCUGUUUCUGACCGUUUGAGCAGACACAUGCACAUUUGUGGCCUGCUGGAGGUCAUUUUGCAGGGCUCUGGCAGUGCUCCUCCUGCUCCUCCUUGCACAAAGGCAGAGGUAGCGGUCCUGCUGCUGGGUUGUUGUUAGGAGAAUUUCUAUCUCUAAUUCAACCUAAGCUUGAAUCAUUACCAGAGAUUGUAAGGCUCUGGUUUUAAUCAUAAAUGAUUCAAGGUCCACAACCAACAAUAAUGAUCUGUAUGUUUAUUCAUGGAGAGCUCUGGCGCCCAAAACACAUACAUACUGUUUUAUACCUCUUGACACACAAAGGCACUUUGCUCCGCCCACCUUUAGGAGGCUUUCUUAAACAGUUUCCACCUUUCUCCUUCACCCUGGAAUGUUUAGUCCCGCCCCCCCCUCUGUUAGUGGGUUGAUAAUUGUAACACAGUUUACACAUUUAUACUGUAUUUGGGGUGAAAUCCUUUAGUCAUUAUUCUUAAAAUACAAAUUAAUCUAUCAGUUGUUGCCCUCCUACGGCCUCCUCCACGUCUCCUGAUGUACUGACCUGUCUCCUGGUAGCGCCUUCAUGCUCUGGACACUACGCUGACAGACACAGCAAACCUUCUUGCCACAGCUCGCAUUGAUGUGCCAUCCUGGAUGAGCUGCACUACCUGAGCCACUUGUGUGGGUUGUAGACUCAGUCUCAUGCUACCACUAGAGUGAAAGCACCACCAGCAUUCAAAAGUGACCAAAACAUCAGCAAGGAAGCAUAGGAACUGAGAAGUGGUCUGUGGUCACCACCUGCAGAACCAGUCCUUUAUUGGGGGUGUCUUGCUAAUUGCCUAUAAUUUCCACUUGUUGUCUAUUCCAUUUGCACAACAGCAUGUGAAAUUUAUUGUCAAUCAGUGUUGCUUCCAAAGUGGACAGUUUGAUUUCACAGAAGUGUGAUUGACUUGGAGUUACAUUGUUGUUUAAGUGUUCCCUUUAUUUGUUUGAGCAGUGUAUAUAUAAAUGUUAUGUAUUUUACUAGUAGUCUGUGCAAGCACAUCAAUGACAGAUUCAGAGAUGUGGGUUGUUUUAGUAUGACUGUGUUGAAUCUGAUGUUGAAGCUGACCAUGACCGUCUCAAUCCGACUAGGUACCCAUACGAGCGUAUCGACGGCCGCGUGAGGGGUAACCUCCGGCAGGCAGCGAUCGACCGCUUCUCUCGACCGGACUCUGACCGCUUUGUCUUCCUGCUGUGUACCCGGGCCGGCGGCCUGGGCAUCAACCUGACUGCUGCAGACACCUGCAUCAUCUUUGACUCGGACUGGAACCCCCAGAAUGACUUACAGGUGUGAAGACUGGGCUUGGCUUGGAAUUAGUCUUACCACUUAGUUUGAUAGUUGAAGGUGCAAUUUUUAGAAUCUUUGAAAAUACUGUGGUCACUACUCAAAUAACUACACAGGUCAAUACAGUGCCGAUAAAAUACAGUAGACAGACACUAGUCAAAAUGCAGUACACAGGUUUUGUAAAUUAAACAAAAAACAGUGCACAGACAGGAGUGAACCUUCCAAAACAGGGCAGACAAUAUGUUAUCACACUGGUACACCACUCCAUGACUUUGUUUGUUAUUAUCAGUUGAUCUAUGCUUUUCUGAAUCUAAGCAUGUUUUUUUCUCUUUCCAUACCUCUCGGUCUUUAUCUUUUCCUCUCUCUAUCUCAGGCACAAGCCAGAUGCCACAGGAUUGGCCAGAGCAAGGCAGUGAAGAUCUACAGACUGAUCACCAGGAACUCCUAUGAGAGGGAGAUGUUUGACAAGGCCAGCCUCAAGCUGGGCCUUGACAAGGCUGUGCUGCAAUCCAUGAGUGGCCGAGAGAACGCAGCCAAUGGGGUACGACACACAUACAUUUCUCACAGUCAAAUAGCAAGACCAGGCUUGAGGACAUCUUGUUAUAGUCUCUCUCUAAGUUCUGUGUGCAUAUGUACAUCAAUCGAACAGUUAGGUUGCACACUUGUCUUUUUGAUAAGAGGUUCUUCUCAACCCUACUUCAUUGUCUUGUCUUAAGAAAGGUAAACUUCUGUUGAUGUGCCGAGCUCAGUAAUCUAAUCCCUCAAAUGUACUCCACCACCUCAGGUGCAGCAGCUGUCUAAGAAGGAAGUGGAGGACCUCCUCCGUAAAGGAGCUUACGGAGCUCUGAUGGACGAGGAGGACGAAGGCUCGAAGUUUUGCGAGGAAGACAUUGACCAGAUCCUCCAGAGACGAACCCAGACCAUCACCAUUGAGUCCGAGGGCAAGGGGUCCACUUUCGCCAAGGUAGCUUCAAUACGCUGUUUCCUAUGUAUUCUUGUCACCCUUUUUGUAGCGGUGCUCAUUCAUUUCAGUAGUCAUUACCAUAGGAAUUGAAUUACUGGAACAGAUUUCCCCAUUCAAGUCUAUGGGCCUGGGUGGACCGACGGCCCAUUCUAGUAAUUAUAUUUCUAUGGUCAUUACCACUAGAGAGCCAGGCUCCUUCAGAAUCAAACUGCAGUGUCAGUGGGAGCUAACCCAGCAGUACUUCUUUGAGAUCAAAAUCGUCAUUUGAUUAAAAAAAGGUGGGGAAAAUGCAUUCCGGAGAUUCACCGUUAGGGACCGUUUCUUCUUCUCCCUUUCUCCCCAGGCGAGCUUCGUGGCCGCUGGGAACAGGACGGACAUUUCCCUGGAGGACCCAGACUUCUGGCAGAAGUGGGCCAAGAAGGCGGAACUCGACAUGGAUGCCAUCAAUGGACGGGUGAGCCUCAGGAAAUUGUAUUGUGGGAAAUGUAGUGUAACAGGGGUGACCUAGGGGGUAGAGACUUGGCUUGGUCAGUAGUUCCGUCUCAAGGACCGUACAGUAAACGGCUACUUGAGGACAGUGGCUACUGAUUGCGAUGAUAGUUUGGCUUCUGUGACUGAAUUCUCAGUUGCAGUAUUUACAAUGGGAAUGGGAGAAACCCAGCCUGGGGUGGUCACACCACACCAGCGUUUCCCCUCCCUUUAGACACCACAUGUUAAAGUAUCAGAGCUCAAUAGUAUUAUCUCCCUCAUACAUACACUAAUCUAAAGCGUUAAUUAAUAUGGCUUAUUACCCCAGGCUAGCCAUGCAUGGAGCCCCAGUCAUAACUGGGCUAAGGCAAGCUCAUUUAAAACGGUGGCUGUGGGAAUCUCUUUCUAUUCCUUAAUUACCCCGCAUUCCCCUCUUCGGUGGACCCAGAGGCAGUAAGCAGCUUAUGCUGCUGCCGGAGGGGAACAGAGACAUCACUUAGUCAGUCUAGAGAGCAAGUCCUUUUCUCUCCUCUCCUCCUCUAACCCACACCGCUCCCGCUCUCUCCUCCUCCAUCUCAUCAAGGGCCCUGGAGUAUAGCACUUAAUCCAGCCGCAUAAACAGACGUGACAUCUCUGCAAGUCACCCUGGAUGAGUGUGUGUGUAUAUAUACGCUACCUGUCAAAAGUUUGGACACACCUACUCAUUCAAGGGUUUUCUACAUUGUAGAAUAAUAGUGAAGACAUCAAAACUAUGAAAAAACACAUAUGGAAUCAUGUAGUAACCAAAAAAGUGUUACAUAAAUCAAAAUAUAUUUUAUAUUUGAGAUUCUUCAAAUAGCCACCCUUUGCCUUGAUGACAAGUCUGGUUCAUCUUUGGAGCAAUUUACAAACGCCUGAAGGAACCACGUUCAUCUGUACAAACAAUAUUACGCAAGUAUAAACACCAUGGGACCACGCAGCCGUCAUACCGCUCAGGAAGGAGACGCGUUCUGUCUCCUAGGGAUUAAUGUACUUUGGUGCGAAAAGUGCAAAUCAAUCCCAGAACAACAGCAAAGGACCUUGUGAAGAUGCUGGAGGAAACAGGUACAAAAGUAUCUAUAUCCCCAGUAAAACGAGUCCUAUAUCGACAUAACCUGAAAUGCCGCUCAGCAAGGAAGAAGCCACUGCUCCAAAACCGCCAUAAAAAAGCCAGACUACGGUUUGCAACUGCACAUGGGGACAAAGAUCGUACUUUUUGGAGAAAUGUCCUCUGGUCUGAUGAAACAAAAAUAUAACUGUUUGGCCAUAAUGAACAUAGUUAUGUUUGGAGGAAAAAGGGGGACGCUUGCAAGCCGAAGAACACCAUCCCAACCGUGAAGCACGGGGGUGGCAGCAUCAUGCUGUAGGGGUGCUUUGCUGCAGGAGGGACUGGUGCACUUCACAAAAUAGAUGGCAUCAUGAGGAAAUGUAUGUGGAUAUAUUGAAGCAACAUCUCAAGAUAUCAGUCAGGAAGUUAAAGAUUGGUCGCAAAUGGGUCUUCCAAAUGGACAAUGCUUACUUCCAAAGUUGUGGCAAAAUGGCUUAAGGACAACAAAGUCAAGGUAUUGGAGUGGCCAUCACAACGCCCUGACCUCAAUCCUAUAGAGAAUUUGUGGGCAGAACUGAAAAGGCGUGUGCUCGCAAGGAGGACUACAAACCUGACUCAGUUACAUCAGCUCUGUCAGGAGGAAUGGGCCAAAAUUCACCCUACUUAUUGUGGGAAGCUUGUGGAAGGCUACCCGAAAUGUUUGACCCAAGUUAAACAAUUUAAAGGCAACGCUACCAAAUACUAAUUGAGUGUAUGUAAACUUCUGACCCACUGGGAAUGUGAUGAAAUAAAUAAAAGCUGAAAUAAAUCAUUCUCUCUACUAUUAUUCUGACAUUUCACAUUCUUAAAAUAAAGUUGUGAUCCUAACUGACCUAAAACAGGGAAUUUUUACUAGGAUUAAAUGUCAGGAAUUGUGAAAAACUGAGUUUAAAUGUACUUGGCUAAGGUGUAUGUUAACUUCCGACUUCAACUGUGUAUGUGUAUAUAUAUAUAUGUGUGUGUGUAUAUAUAUGUGUGUGUGUGUGUAUAUAUAUAUAUAUAUAUAUAUAUAUAUAUAUAUAUAUGUAUGUGUGUAUAUAUAUACAAACAUAUACUGAGCUUAGUAGGGAAACUGCUAAUAAGGUCAAUAAUAAAAACGUGCUACCCGUUUUUAGCAUUUUAACAGGGAGGGAAAUGUUGGUUGGGGGGUUUUGACACAAUUUUAUUGUAUUGGUGGGACUUAAUUUAAAUUUUUUAGAACACCCUGGUGAUUGACACUCCGAGGGUGCGGAAGCAGACACGCCACUACAGCUCAAUGAAGGAGGACGAGUUGGCGGAGUUCUCCGAGCUGGAGAGCGACGGCGAGAACGAGAAGCCCUUGACCAAACCCAGGCGGCCACAAGACCGAGCCCAAGGGUACCCCCGCAGCGAGUGCUUCAGGGUGGAGAAGAACCUGCUGGUUUAUGGGUGAGUGGACAUCUGAACGACUUAGAAACGUGUUAGCGAAGGGUUAACCGUUCUCCAAACCCAAGCCCCUUUGGAAGUCUAACCCUAAUAGAUUUGAAAUAAUAUAAUAGUUUUUUUUAGCAAUUCAGUAAAAGAUUGUCACCAUAGUGGUCAAUUUGGUAUGGAAACCAUUCCAAUAUCCACCGCUAGACACUUCAGACCGUUUGGUGAAUCAGGUGGAUGUAAGAAAUACGUCGAACUGCCCCAAACAUACCAGAGGGAUAUUACAAUAUCCCUUGCUUAUCACUCAUCCAAUCCUUUCACAUCUACAUCUUCUCGGUCAGGAAGUCCAUCUGAUUGCUGAGAGAUGUCAUAUCCUGUCUGGUUUCAUGGCUUCCAGGGCACCAUCUCAUCUUUCCUUCCCCUCCAUUGUAGGCUGAUGAGGUUGAGGAUGCGUGCUUGGCUAAACACGAGUCACAGGCGACUGGUCUGGUCAUGCUGCGGUGGUCUGGGGGGGGAAAUGACGGCCACAGAACACUAAUGCUUGCACAUGUAGAGUAAUUUAACGCACAGCAAUCUGAGGCACAAGGGGCCAUUAAACGUGCCUGUAUACUUGCAAACACACGAGCCGAGAUCGAUCUUGCUUGCACUCCUAUAAUGACCCAACACACAACCACACAGUGAACCAACCAACCAGCACAUACAUCACACACAAUGUCCCAGCACUUACAUAUAAACACACACUCAUUAGUCACCGUGCCUGGCUGCCCUCUUCAGCGAGAGAUCACUGCUGGCUGCAUGCACCCACCACCUCUGACCAGCAGUGGGGUUUGUUUUUCAAAUGCGACCGACUCAAUUGUACUGUCUAGACCCCGGGGCUGUAGGGCAAAUUAGAGCCAUCAUGUCUGAGAGGACUCCUUUCAACUGACGCUGCUGCCAUUGACUCCCUCCCUCGCUGUAUCUCCCUCCAUAGACCAGCCUCCCUCGACCCACAAACACACUCCUAGCGUCUGGGUGUCAGUGGGCGGCAUGCCAACUAGGGUUAUCUCACCGCCGCAUAGAAACGUUUAGGGAGAGACAAGAGUCUUCGCUCGGUUUUCACAAAUAGAAAUCUACUCUGGGUCACCCACGGUAGUGAGAUGUGCUGUCGGUUGCGUGUGCGGUCAUGAACGAACGGGGUCACAGAAUCAGAUCGCGGUGUGACAUUGGACCAUGGUUGAAAGGCAGAGAGCCAGACAUAACAACAUCGCCCCAUUCAUACCCACCCCUCCCCCUCAUCUCUUCAGUUACUGUAGUAGUUUGGGUGGGGAGGAACAUGGAAAUAUAAAACCUUCCAGCUCCAGACUGUAAAUGUGAAUCCUCAGGAUAAAUGAUCAUACUUGAGACACUUAACUAAAUACUUCUCCUCCCCCUCUCUUUCUCUUCUCCUCGUUUCUUUCCUUGACUCUUCUUUUCCUCAUUCCUCUUUUCUUAUCGUUUCCCUUCAUCUUGUUUUCCCUUUUCCCCCCUCUCCGUUAUCACUUCUUUCUAUCCCUCUCUCUCCCCGCCCUUUUUCUUUCCUCCUCUCUGUGACUGUCUCUUCAUCCCCCCCCCUCUCUCUCUCUCUCUCCUCUGUUCCCUCCCUUCUAGGUGGGGUCGCUGGGGAGACAUCCUGUCCCACGGGCGUUUCAAGCGGCCCCUGCGGGAGCAAGACGUGGAGACCAUCUGCCGUGCCCUGCUGGCCUACUGCCUGCUGCACUACCGUGGCGACGAGAACAUCAAGAGCUUCAUCUGGGACCUCAUCACGCCCACCGAGGAUGGACAGAGCCGCACGCUCACCAACCACUCCGGUACGUAUCCCUACGCACUCUUCCUGCAUCAUUACCAUAGCUUAACCAAAACAUAACCAACACACCACACCCACCUUUCCACUUAAUCUCACAGUAACAACCUCACCAACUGCUCUUUUAGGCCUCCCCAAUAGCCCCCAGUAGGUGUAGAGUGAAUAAACAUACAUUGAAUUCCAUAGGAUUUUCACAGUCCUACCACUAACAUCCCUCACUCGCUCACUCAACCCCCCACAACAAACUCCUGACCUUGCUUUAACCUUAUGCUCUGUCUGCUUUUGCCCUGGACUAGAACCGGCUCAAACUGGUUGUCUGACUUUACAUUACUUAUUUGACCUUGAUCCUCAUUGGUUUCACACCUAAGCAAACUGUGGAGUCUGAUUGGCUACAAGAACCAUGGAGUUGGCCCAAUUCCUUGCUAUUUCAAUGUUUUUAAUGUUAUCAAUUAUAGUUUGCAGAUUUCAAAUAAAUAAUUGUAAUAAUGAAUCAAAUCCUUGCUGGUGCUAGACUUGUCCAAACCAGGUCUCUCUUAUAAAGGGAUCUCAAUGAGAAAUAAUGAACCUAUGACUCUAAAUUGUAAUGUCUCCUGCAGGUCUGUCUACUCCAGUACCACGGGGUCGUAAGGGGAAGAAGGGGAAACCAGCCCCGCCUGCCCCUCCCCAGCUCCCUAGGGCAGAGUGGCUGGCCAGCUGUAACCCUGACCUGUUACUGCAGGAGGACAGCUACAAGAGACACCUCAAACACCACUGUAACAAGUAAGUCACCCCAAAUCCUGAACCUACACUCCUUAGCAACGCUCUUAACGACUUACAGUCGUCUACAUUUUUUUUUAUCGACCCACACCAACGCAUGCUCUACAACAGCUACAUCCCCUGCGCCAUUCCCCCCCUACCCUGCACGCUGGGCAUUGUGGCGCGCCCCAUGGUCAACCUACCUCAACACUGUCGUUCUUCAAACCCAAAUACAAUGAGUUUGUCAAGCUCCGUGUUCCUCGAGUCGUCUCGAGACCACCUGUUUUUAGUGUCUCGGUUUUGUCGGAUACAUUUUAACUCUGUCUUGACUCGGUCUCGGACAGUGAGGACUCGUAAUUUCUUCCCGAGACCAGUGGAGUAAGAAACUCACAGUAAUUAGCAGCUUCCAUUCAGUCAGCGCAUAAAACUGCUUUGCCAGGCCAAAUAUAUACACUCCAUUCAUGAAACAAUAUCUUAUCACCUAUUGAAACCUGGGCCUCCUACUUGACUCGUAACAUUACUGUUCAUUACUUUCGUUGAAAAAUAUCCUCAAACUUUGUUUUGCUCAUCAGAAUUUCCUUGAUUCGCUGCUAGGGAAGAGUGGGGGGGAAUUGUUUGAAAGUUGCGCGCUCACUAUUGGUAAGGGGAGACCGGGGGGAAUUGUAACAGUCUUUAUAUUUAUUAUAUACAUGUUUGCGCAGUGGCGAACCGUGGUUAUUGGACCUAGGCCUUGGGGGGGGGGUCUUCCAACAUGUUGUACCAAACUCAAAAAUCUAGAAAAAUAACAAACAUAGCGUCACUUAAUGCGCCCAACUGAAUAAAACAGGGCAGAGCCGAGCUCCGGGCUGCCACUCACAUAGAGAUAGCACCCACACGGACAAUGCUACCAACAACCACAACCACACUGCUUGCGCAACCUAUGGUAGCCUAACGCCAUCACGAUCACACCAUCACCAAAAGCAAGAACAGUGACACGUCAAAGGAUGUGUGAGACAAGCUCGUGAUGCUGGAAGGACAGUGCCGUAAUAUGUAGGAGAGCGCACUUUUUGUAAAACACAUAGGGUCGAUGGAAAGACAGCAGUCACACACAGCAUGAUGUUAAAGGAUAAGCAGCCCAUUCUCUCAGACAUAAUAAGCCAGUAGGUCCCAAUCAUAAGAAUACAAAAACACAACCAUUAGGCUAAGUAUUUCCCAAUCGAAAUGUACAACUAUUACUUUCCAUUGCAAACAUAUUUUUCACAUUCAGCACACCAAGUAACCAGUGAUCUAAAGUUUAAAUGCAACAGUUAUUUUCUAAGAUUUAGCUAACAGCAAGAGAACUGCAAUAAAAAAACACAGUUCCACUCACCAACAAAUUAGCAACAACAUCCUCUUCGAUAACACCUGCUGCAGCCGCUGCAAACUAGCCUACAACAAAAGCUAGCUAGCUAGCUAGACUGUGGGAAAACCUACUGCUCGCUAUUGUGCAGUGACCUGUUGGCCUUUGAAGGAAGAAGUUUCCAUACGUUUUUGUUUAAAACAGUCCAACCCAUUAAAAGUCAAAAUGUGAUUGGUUGAAUGUCCACUGUCACUCCAAAAUGCUUCCCUAAUACAAUUUAGCUAGCUAGAUUUAUCUCCCCAAAGACCACCAAAGAAAAAUCCUGAUUGGAUCUUUUUUUCCUCUUCGGUGUUAACCCUUUCCUUUCCAACAAAAACUGAAGAGAUUCAAUCAGAACAUCAGUGAAAAUAAUAUUAUUAUUAUUUUAUAAAUCCUUAGCCCUUCUCUGACGUUGUAGAAGGCCCUCAUUGUUCCCCACUGUGUUUGGGUUAGUAACAACUUGUAGAGUGGCUCUAUUUGCCCUCGGCAUGCAUUUUUUUCACCAUUCUGAAUGUCUAAAGAAUCCAUAUGUUCUUCUGAAAUAUGAACACAGAAAUACUUGACAUUUUGAACAAUUUUACAAUCGUUGACCUGAAUUGGACUCACAUUUUUCUGGUCUUGACUCUGUCUCGCACCCCUCGUCCCCCUCCGGUCUUGGUCUUGACUCUGUCUCGCACCCCUCGUACCCUCCGGUCUUGGUCUUGACUCUGUCUCGUCCCCCUCCGGUCUUGGUCUUGACUCUGUCUCGCACCCCUCGUCCCCCUCCGGUCUUGGUCUUGACUCUGUCUCGCACCCCUCGUCCCCCUCCGGUCUUGGUCUUGACUCUGUCUCGUCCCCCUCCGGUCUUGGUCUUGACUCUGUCUCGCACCCCUCGUCCCCCUCCGGUCUUGGUCUUGACUCUGUCUCGCACCCCUCGUCCCCCUCCGGUCUUGGUCUUGACUCUGUCUCGCACCCCUCGUCCCCCUCCGGUCUUGGUCUUGAAUCGGUCUCGCUUAGGUGGUCUCGAACACAACACUGGUCAACCCUAACCUCUGACCUUUAACCCUUAACUCAAACACAACCCCUACUCACACACCACCAUAGUGUCCACAGAUAAGCAGGCCAACUCUGUUGAUAGUUGGUUUCUUUAUAAUUCAAUAAAAUCAAACACACAAUGCAGUUCCCAGUAAUCCUAUCUCACAUGAGUUCCAUUGCUCCAGCUAGCCACACACACACACACACACACACACACACACACACACACACUUCACUCCUUUUGUUUAGUUCUAGCCAGUGUCCUAUUUACUUUCCCUCCUCCUCCUUCCUUGGCCACAACUCUUCUUUCUACUCUGUUGUUGUCGGGGAGAUUUUGUGGCGGCCGGGUUUUGUGGGCUGAGGCUGGCGCCGCGCCAGGCCAGGUGCCAGGCAGACCUGUUGGAAGCGGGUGAAAGGCGGCACACACAGGGGCGAUUAUGUGGUGCCAUCUGUCAGGCGCAGGGGCUGGCGCGCGGCGUGGCUAAUCAGGCCUGGCAGCGUGAUGGAUGGGCAACGGCCAGUGCCAAAGAUCCACUGCCGCAGCUAGCCACUCUAGCCAGCUACUGCUGCUGGGGCACGGGACCCGAGUUGCAAACACUCUUUCUUUCAUUUUUUUACCCUCCCCCUCUGUUCAAUUUUCUUUCCUAUUUCUGCCUCUCUCUGUCCUCCCCUCCACACAGAGUUCUCCUGAGGGUCCGAAUGCUCUACUAUCUGCGACAGGAAGUCGUCGGUGACCAAGCCGACCGGAUCCUAGAGGGAACUGACUCAAGGUUGGCAUCUCCUCCCUCCAUCCCUUUAUCUCUCCCUCCAACACUCCCAAGCCCCUGCCUGCUUUAUCUUCACACUACCUCUUCCCUCUCCCGUCCCCCUCUCCCUCCCCUCGUUUCACCCCUCACCCAGAUGUGCAUGCAUAUAUAAUGCAGAAACGUGCACACCAUGUUGAUUGCGUCUGAGGCUCUUCGCUGAAUAGUUACAAUGCCAUUAUUGUGUGUGCGCGCAUAUAUGUGCCAGUAAGUGUGUGCCUGUGUGUAAGUGCAGCCUGCCUGUGUGUCUGUAUUGGAUUAGGCCAGGCAGUCUGCUAGUGGUGAUAGCAUUGCAGGCAUCAGGGCAGGCUUGGUGUAGUGGUGAUAAGGUUAGGCCUGUUCUGCCUAGUUCUCCUUCCUGAUGAGGGCUACUUCCCAAACGGCACCCUAUUUCCUAUAUAGUGCACUACUUUUGGCUCUUGUCAAAAGUAGUGCACCAUGUAGGAAAAUAGGGUGCCAUUUGGCCCGCUGUCGAGAUGUUCCAGCAUGGUGGCUAAUGACCAUAUUUCCUCCCAGAUGCCUGGAGAUGGGGCCUAUUAUGGACACGCACCGAUUUAGACCCUUUUAAUCAGUUUUCCCCUCCGCCUCUCUUUCUUACUCUUUCCUUCUCUCUUGCUCUGACUUUCUCUCUCCCUCUCUCCUUGGUCUGGGCCGACAGUGAAAUGGAUAUCUGGAUCCCUCAGCCUUUCCACGCCGAGGUCCCUGCCGAUUGGUGGGACAGCGAGUCGGACAAAUCGCUGCUCAUCGGCGUCUUCAAACACGGUAAGCCCCACCCCUCCGGUUCACACACAAAUGCACACCGGCUGCUUCGGCUUGAUUGGUGUUCCCAUAGCGACCGCGGCGCACAGCUGGCUCAGUGAGACGUCAGGAGAUUGAUUGAUGGCUGUGUCCAGCAGCCCGAGAAGAGAGGCCGUGGAGGUGUGUGUGUGCGUGCGCACAGACCUGUUGCAGCUUCCAUCUAGUCCCUGGUUAUCCAGCGUUCUAUCAACCACAAUUGGUUGAUGCACUUAUCAAGGUUUUUUCUCUUCUAGCUAUGGGCUAGCUGGUUUAGAUUUAAGCAUUUUAAUUGUAUUACAGUGCGAAACAAGAUUACAAGCCAGAAUUGUAACGAUUUAAGUGUCAAUUGUAUUGAUAAACAUUAAUAUUAAUUUGGGAUAAUUGUCAUUAUUCUCCGUAAUUGCCACCCUCUCUGAUUCAAUUAUGGAUCCGAGCUGUGUCUCAGCCCUGACGCGUACACACACACACACACACACACACACACACACACACACACACACACACACACACACACACACAGGGUAUAAUAGAGCUAGCAUAUAGUUAAUCAUAAUCCUCAUUCACUUGGGAGGCCGGGGGAGGAAGCUGCUCUCUGCCUCACACACACACACACACACACACACAUACCCGCAUGCACACACACACACACAAACACCGAACCCUCACGUGUCUGGUACACACACCGUACACGCCGUACAGACACUGCCGAACUCACUCACACACACUGUACACACACACACAACUCUCCAGGGCUGUGAGAGGGAAGAGUGAUGGCCUAGAAACCCCCUCAUGAUUAGCGCUUGGCUCGGGGCGCAGCAGCGGUUAGGAACAAUGUGUCACCGCAUAAAUCCUAAUUGAAAUGUGAUGUUCUGGUGGGGGCUUUGGGGAGGGGGGGACGGACCGAGAGGAGUGGAGGAGGGGGUUGGGGAUAGUCUGGUCCGCUCACUGGCAUGGUUGAGGGGGCUCCAGCCUGUGCCUCUGUCUCCCCCCUCUCUCUCCCCCUCCUCCCACCCGCCGUGCUCAGUGGGAUCUGCAGGCUCUAAUCUGUUCUGCUUGGAAAGCUCCAACGGGCACUUUUCUCUCUGCUACACACACACACUCUCUCUCUUGGGCAAAUACACACAUACAGACUUAGGCACAUACACACAUAUUUUCUUACACACAGACACACCCAGUCAGACACACGCUCCAACAGGCACUGCCCUCUGUCUGCAUCUGGACCCUGGGGUCUAGCCUUCUGUUUUUCUUUCUCUUCUAUUUAUACGGACGGCAGUUGGUUUUUACGAUGUGGUUCUGAUUCUGAACUUCAUGAUGGUUUAGUUUGAACUCCAUUUGGCUUUUGUAUUUUGUUGCGUCUUUCAUUGAUCCCUAGGUGUAUGUAGCCUACAUAUUUUCACUGUAAAUUGUCAAAGUCAAACUCAGCCUAGUUCUAGGCCUAGUUCCUGUGUGUGUGUGGUUUCCCAGUCAUAAUUCAAUCAUCUCUCACCCACUCCCUCUCUCCUUAUCCUCUUCACCAGAUGUGAAAAGUAGAACUCUGUAACACUACCACUGUCUCACCCACUCUCCUCUUCUUUCUCUUUCUCAAUCACUCUCUCUCUCUCCAUAUAUCUCUCCAUCCCAGGCUAUGAAAAGUAUAACUCGGUGCGCGCCGACCCUGCGCUGUGUUUCUUGGAGCGGGUGGGCAUGCCUGACGCCAAGGCCAUCGCUGCAGAGCAGAGGGGGGCGGACAUGAUGGCAGAUGGUCCGGAGGGGUAAGACACUCAGCCAAAAUUCACCACCUCUUUUUCCCCUCUUCCUCCUCUUUUUCUUCUCAACCUCCUGUCCCCGUCUCCCUCCAUCUCUCAUCUUCUCUUCCUGUCUCUCCCUCUGUUUUGGUUGUUUUUUGACCUCCUGUCUCGGUCUCCCUCUCUCCAUUCGAUCUUCCUUUCCCUCCCUCCCUCCACCUCUUUUUUGUUUUGUGUGUAUUUAUUCCUGACCUCCAAUUUCCCUCAAUCUUCUCUUCCUUUCUCUUCCUGGCUGUCUCCCUCUUUUCUUCCCUCGCUCCUUUGUUUGAUUCUGUUGUUUUUAAGUUUAAAACUCACCUUUCUUUUCUCUCUCUCCUCCCUCCAUCCCUGGUUAUUUGUGUGUACAGAGAGGAUGAGGACCCAGAGUACAAGCCUCUCCGUAUGCCCUUUAAAGAUGAGAUGGAUGACUUCACUAACUCUCCCCUUGAUGACAAAGAGGAAGCUAUGGACGUUGAGAGUGGUGAAUGUAAGUGGAGUGGCCAUCUCUGCUCUCAGAGCUAUAUUGACCACCAUUUUGGGAUAAAUUCAAUAAAAAGGUAGACAAUGUAUUAUUUACUAGCAAUCUGAUAUCAGUCUGAAGAGGAUUCACCAUCCAUCAAUCCAUAGUUACAAAUUUGUAUUGUUAUAUCAAACCACCAAUGUACGCGCCAAAAGAAACCAGAGUUGCUUUUCAGAACCAUGUCAACAGUAUGCAGACACAUUUAUUUGUCCUAGUCCUAAUAUUCCACCCUUUUCUCCUCCCCCUCACAGCUAAACUAGGUGAAAAUGGAGCAGGCAGCAGAGGGGCUGGUCGUCUGUACUGGCCGGCAGCCUCAGCCCUCACCGCUAGACUCCGCCGCCUCAUCACUGCCUACCAGCGCACGCACAAACGAGAGCAGCUUCGCCAGGAGGCCAUGGCCCGGCCCGACGGACGCCGCCGCCGGCGGCCCCGAGAACAGCUCCUCUCCAUGGUCACAGAUGGACGAGGGGCCUACGUGCAGGAGGGCGGAGCCUUCAUGGCAGAGGGGAGUCCUUAUAUGGCCACGGGCAAAGCGUUCAUUCCCGAGGCGACGGCUCUCCUGGCGGAAGGAGGGGCCUUCUUCAAAGAGAGGCGUCAGAGGUAUCGAAACAUUGAAUAGUUUGAUUUGAUUGGUUGAGUUUAUUAGAUGUUUUCUAGGCACACUUCCAUCUAGAUUACUUAGGAUAUGUUAUACACGAUAAACAAUAUGAACAGUUUAUAUGAUCACUUGUAUAUAAUAAACAGUCCAAUUUGUUAGCCGGCUGUAUAGAAGGCGGUACAGUCGAGCUUCUUGUAGUUCUUUCAACUUCCUGUAUGAUUGUUUGGUGCUUGUUUGAGAAGCCCUACUUGUAACAUGAUGUAUGUACUACAGUACCCAUAAUGCUCCAGUCUCCUUAUCAAUACACUACUCAUACAUUGCUUUCCGUCCCAUUGGUUGUUGGAUUAACCCUUCUGUCUCGUCGUCAGGUGGACCAGGCGUGAGGAAGCUGAUUUUUACCGUGUGGUGUCCACGUUUGGCGUUAUCUAUGACACGGCCCGCCAGCGCUUUGACUGGACCCAGUUCAGGGCCUUCGCCCGGCUGGACAAGAAGACUGACGAGAGCCUGGAGAAAUAUUACUUCUCCUUCGUGGCCAUGUGCAAACGGGUGUGUCGCAUGCAGGUCAAGACCGACACAGGUAAAGGCCCUCACAUAUUUAAUAACAGAACGCUAUUGAUCACAACUUCAGCCAUACCUACAUUUACUUAAGCUAAAGCAAAGGAUCAUUCCCUGGACAGACUGACUAGAUUAACAACAACUCUUUUCUUCCCUCCUCACCCCCCUGUUUUUUCCCCCCUGCUUUCUUCCCUUCACUCAUCUCUUCCUUCCUUCCUUCCUCCCUACCUACCCCCACCCCUCUUCCUCGCUCCCUCCCCCUCUCUCUGUCUGGCAGAGCUUCCAGACCCCACCCUGAUCAUCGACCCCAUCACGGAGGAGCGCGCCUCACGCACCCUUUACCGCAUCGAGCUGCUGCGCCGCAUCCGCGAGCAGGUGCUGCCCCACCCCCUGCUGGGCGAGCGCCUGCGCCUCUGCCAGCCCAGCUCUGACCUGCCGGAGUGGUGGGACUGCAGCAGGCAUGACCGCGACCUCCUCCUGGGCGCCUCCAAGCACGGCGUGAGCCGCACUGACUACCACAUCCUCAACGACCCAGCCUUGGGCUUCCUUGAGGCCCACAGGAAGUUUACCAAGGGGGGAUCGGCUGGGGUGCCUCAGCCGCCCCGCGAUGUAGCUCCCUCUACUGCCUCUGAACAGGCCACAGCUGCUGCUGCUGCUGAGAAACCCUCCCAUGUCAAAGAGGAGCAAGAGGAGGUAGAAGGGAAGGAGGUGAAAGAGGAAGGUUGA